CGAGAGUUCCUCUCACUGUGUGUAAAGUCGCCAUGUCCGCUACUCAGUCUGAGCCUUCCAGCCCCGGUCCAGAAGUCCCCGUGACUUUGCUCUCCGACUCUUUCCCUCUGGUUCUCAGGAAACUCAUAGAGAAUGCGCCCGGGAGUCUCUUGGGGAAAGACGACACUGAGAAGGACAAAACCAAACUGGGCAAAGAUGACGACACAGAUCCAAACUCCCUGCUGGUCUCUGCCUCACUCAUGCCCCCCAUCUGGGAUAAAACCAUCCCGUACGAUGGGGAGUCCUUUCACCUAGAGUACAUGGACCUUGAUGAAUUCCUUCUGGAAAAUGGCAUUCCAUCCAGUCCCACACACCUAGCCCAAGCCAUCAAAAACCCACUGGUACCCGUAGCUGAGCUGGAGGAUGACGAGACUGCAUCUACAUCCACCACCUCCCCUUUGUCACCCUCAGUGCUGCUACAAACGUCUGAAAUACAAGAUGAGCAAGACCCUCCCAGCCCCAUCGACCCAGACAAAGUAGAAGUUAAAGUGAAUUUCAGCCCCGACCCAACAGACCUAGUGCUCUCCAGUGUUCCUGGUGGAGAACUGUUUGACCCACGGAAACAUAAGUUUGAUGACAAAGAUCUCAAGCCCCAGCCAAUGAUAAAGAAGGCCAAGAAAAUUUAUGUACCUGAUGAUUUGAAGGAUGAAAAAUACUGGAACAGGCGAAAGAAGAACAACGUUGCAGCCAAACGUUCCAGAGAUGCACGGAGGCUCAAAGAAAACCAAAUAACUGUGCGGGCUGCAUUCCUGGAAAAGGAAAACACCGCACUACGGACAGAAGUGGCAGAACUGCGCAGAGAGCUAGGAAAAUGCCGGAACGUCAUUUCCAAAUACGAGACCCAGUGUGGACCUCUUGACUUCGAUGACUUCGAUGACUCAGAGUGAUGCAGCUUUCAAUAUUUUUGUAUUUUUUUUUUUUAUUAUUUUUAAAACAAGACAUUUUUUAAUAAACCUGUUCCACAACGCACUGCAAAGGAUAUAACUUUUUUUUUUCUGAAAUGAGAAAUUCUGCACUACUAGAGGUUUACAUCAAAGAACAAUUUUUUUUUUUCAUUUUUUUUUUUUUUUUUUUAAAUACCCUUCUAAGAAGAAAUCGCAGGCUGGAACAUUUUUAACUUUUAUGUGAGUGGAAAGCAUCUUUUCCCUAGUGGGGACAUAAACAUUUAUGUAGUGAGUUCUGUAUCGUUGUAGCUGAGACAAAAAGGUGAAUUAUGGUAACUAUUUGUUAUAAGGUUAACAGAGUCCUGUCACUGCCUACCAAUACAGCUACAGUGCAUCAUCUUCCAUAGAGCAUUAAGCAGCAUAUAUUUCCUGCAAGGUUACGUCAUUUUUUCAUGCAAAUAGUAUUUUAAUGUGUUUAAUUGCUACUUAUAUGCAUGAUCUAAUUUGUUUGCCAUUUCCCCCAAUAUAGCCCUGUGGUUGUUCAAUGAAAUCAUAACUCACAGUUUUGUAUUUAUGAUUGUAUGUUGAUUGUAUUGUGUUUUCUGGGCCAGUAUGACUCAUGUUAAUGUUGAUUGCACAAAGUUCAGUGCCAACUCGGUAGAGAGAGACAAGCUGCGCAAUGAAUAUAGUUUUAAAUAUUUCAAAAGAUUAAGGUUUUAUGCUGCAGAUCUGAAUGGUUUAUUUUCCAAAAGCAACAUACCCAAUAAUUUAUAAUGAUAUUCAGAUAUUUCUAUAAUUGAAGCAGUACAGACGGCGCAUCUUAAGCUUACAGGACAAAAGCUGGGAUAUCGGAUGCAGAACAAUUUUCGAGGUUGGAUAACUUCAUUCACAGUGUUUAAAAAAAAAAGAAAGAGAAGUAUCUUGAAUAGAGACGGCAAGAUGCAUAGGAAUCGUUAGCUGGCAAUUCUGAGCCUUGGCUCAGGUGAUGCAUUGCCUAAUAAAAUGUAUAAGCUUUGGUGCUGUUCUGGGCAUUGGAUAGAGCUUAAUCUAAAGCAACAAAAAGUGAAGUACUUGGCUGGGUGCAUAAAAGCAAAAUUCACAUAAAAUUUGCUAUUUUUUGGCAGAUGGCGGUAAAAAGCUACAUUAGAAAUAUACAUGCAGCAUAUAUAAAAUGAUUAGAGUAGACUAAUUGGGUCAUUCCCCUUUUAGCAAUGCUGCUGUAAUAAAAUAGGGUUGUGCUUAAUAUUUGGUGGCUGAAAGCUUAACCAAGGUUAACGACUGUGCUAACUUAUAGUUUUCUAUGUUAAAAGGAAUUUAAAAAUGCUGUGUACAAAUACAAUAGCAUGGUUACUAAUCACAAUGUUUUUUGUUUUUCCCUCCUGUACGUGCAGCUCUAUUAAAUGCCAUUCUCUUAGCCCAUUAUAAAGGUCAGUUGGUAAAGCUCUGUAUCUUUAUACUGGGCGCCCGUAUUGUUGCAUCAUGUGACACAAGCAGUGGUUUUUCACUGAUCAGUGAUUUUACUGUCUUUUUUUGAUGGCUGUAACAUACACAAUAGAAAGUAUAAGCUUUACAUUUUUGCAGUUAAAUUACACAAUUUAAAAUAAAAAAUAAAAAACCCACAGGAAUAAUAUAGAGCAAUGAAUACCAAUGCAAAAACAUACAUCUCCUGUUCUAUAGUGUGCAUGCUGUCAAGACUACAAGAAAAUCACUGAUAUGUGAAUGUUUAAUGCUUCUGUGCCAUUUUGCAAGAAAUGUUAAUUUCCCAAGAUGGCAGCACCCACUAUGAAGAUGCAGAGAUUCACUAAUCGGCACUUUUAAAGGGUUAAAAUAAAAGUGGCUACCACAGUAAAGGAUAACCUUGCAACUGUAGUUGUACCCAGCAGUUUGUCCUUUUUAAAUCGGAUGUUCAGUCUUCUCCACAACUUAUAAACUAUACGGAAACGCUAGAAAGGUUAAUUUAUAGAUCUAUGAUAUGAGUCCCAGCCCUCUCACAGCAGGGGAGUUACUUGGCUAAUAAAUGUUCUUGAUCUAUAAAAUAUUGUUCAGAGAAUUUUAGCGGGGCAUUAAUCUUAGCAUGUGCUGUGCUAUAAAUGGCUCAACUGCUCCCUAGUACACAAAUCCACAGCAUAUACGUAAUGUAGAGAAAAAAUACUGCAGCAGUGUUUAAUUUUUAAUUUAAAGACAUCUCUUGCUUUAUAGUGACACUUUUCUAGGGUAUAAACUAAUUGUAAUGUUGUGAUUAGGGAUAUGCAUUUGGCGUAUUUCACACUGAUCCGAAUGCUAAAGAAUGCGGCGGCCAAAUUUUUCAGGGCCAAAUUUUUCAGAGCCAAAUUUUUUUUUUUUUAUGGAAGUGUAACACAAGACCUUAAUUUGCACAGAUCUUAGUGUAUUGCGCUUUCAAAAGAAUAAAUCUGGCUCUGAAAAUUGCUGAAUGUGGUUAGUUGCCGCUAUCUAUGGCAUUCGAAUCAGCCCGAAUAUGCCAAAUGCACAUCCCUACUUUUGACUUUGAGUUCUGUCUUGUAAGGGGUUAAAAAAAGCUAAUAAAGUACAAUAUUACGCUAAACAAUACAGGUAUCUGCUAUAAAAGCUUCUCACUCCCCUCCCUGCUCGUGUAAGAUGACUGUUUUAGCAGGGGAGCGAUCACCCACCAUGCAAAAUAUCCUUUGUACAUGUGAGUGAGUUGAAUUACAAACAGUCAACACGGUAGCUUCUAGCUUCCAGCCAUGUAACCAUCCUCUGACAGACAAAAACAAAGCUACUGAAAUAUUAACACAGUGAUUGUUUUAAUAUGCUUUAGCUGGUAAAUAAACCAAGCUGUAUAAUUCCCUUCUAAUGCUGUUCCCAUGUGAGCCUCGGCUCUUGAAGCGAGUAGUACGUUUUUUCUUACCGCAGCUUUGGCAAGUGAGGGCUUAUAUCCCUGUAAAUAAAACUUUUUUUUUUUUAUUAAUUGUAGAGGUGUAUAAAUAUGACUUAUGUAGCUUUAAUGAAAAUGAUUUUAUAUAGAAAAACCUAUAAAGAGAACGUAUGUCUGUAUUUUUGUCUAAUAUAAGGUAAUUCUGCCUCCAAAUAAAAUACCUGUAAAUAUAUAAACAA